AUAGUGUCAGCCGCCGCCGACAUUAAUAUUUGUCGACGCAGGGCUCUAAACGUUCUCUGCUGUUGAUUGCAAAAUUUUCAAUGAUUUCUGGAUAAUUUUUCUUAUUUUAAAGAAGUUUUUAUAAUAAAAAAUACAAAAAAUAAAACCAGUGAAAUGUUUAUUAUAAAUAAAAUAAUGGAAUUAAAGUUUUUAUGAAAUAGAGAAGAAAAGAUAACAAAAAAAUCUCUUAAUAAGAAGAUAAAAAUCGAAAAGUGUAGAAGUGAAAAAAAAGUGAAAAACUAAUGAACAAAAAUAUUUGAUUAAAGAAUUUAGUUGUGACCAGUGGAAAGAAGGAACACACACAAAAAAUAUUAAAAUAAAACUAAAUGUUUUAAGAAGCUGUUGAAAGCAAAUCAGAGAAAAAGAAGUGAAUGGGGGUUCUAUUAUAGGAACAGAACAAAAAAAAAAAAAUAAAAAUACAACAAAAAUAAUAGAAAUAUUUAAAGAAAAUCAAAAGAAUUUUAAUACAAAUUGUCAGCAAGGGGUAUGUGCCACCAUUGUACGUACGAAUGUCGACAAUUCGUAAGAAAUUUCAUAGAUUUUAUGGCAAAAAAACAACAUUAACAAUAAUUGCAAAUAGCAGACAACUAGAACAACAACAAGAAUAAGUAUAAAAUAAACAUAAUUAAGAAGAAAACGUCAUUUAAAUUAUGGCCAAUAAUAAUGCUGCUGCUUCAACUUCAUCGGCUGCUGUGGCACCCUACAUUAAACAAUUGCCUGCCUCUAAUUCAUCCUCCAGCCAACAAUGGAUUCAACAGUUGACGGUGGUGUGUGUUAUAGACACUCAGUUGGGUGAUCAUUUGAAGGAUCGUGAAUGUGCUUUGGAGGAAAUACAACAGGCGGUGUUGGCUGUGGGGGCCAAUUUUCAAAGGGUUCAGUUUGACAAAUUAGAUUUCGGUGAAACGAAAAAAUUGGAAACAUUUUAUAAUGCUGAUGUCGCUGUCAUCGAUUUGAGUAUACAGGCUCAUCAACGAUCUUUAUCGUAUCAUUUGGGUGUACGAGAAUCGUUCAAUAUGAAAGAGAAUAUAUUGAUCUAUAAUGAUGUACAUUCAAAACAGACCUUAAGUUUAAAGCUUUCCUUUCCCAAUUAUACAUUUUUAUCGUACAAACUUAACACCGAAUAUGGUGUUUGUAAUUUAACCAAUUUCAAUAAGGAAUUACCGGCUGAUACAAAAAUACCCACAUUACAGUCCAGACUCAAACGUCUGCUGCAAGAUGUGGAAAUACAAUCCAAAGCCCACAUGCGUGAAAAAUUCUUAAUGGAUUUGCGGCAGGCUCGUGAAACUUAUGCCACCAACUCUAAGAAAUUGCAAAGUAUUCUACAUGAAAUGCGCAAACGUUUAGAUGAUGGUCAUGUCUUGUCGGGCGAAGUGGUGCACAGUUUUAUGUGUUCUCUAAGAGAUGUACAAGACUAUGAUGCCAUGGUGUGUUUGGUUAAUGAUUUAAAGAAUAUACCCAAUACUAGGAAAUAUGUGGAGACGGGUAAUAUGAGCUUUUUAUAUGCCUUUGCUUUGAAUCGACGUAAUAAGAAAGGAGAUCGUGAAAAAGCUUUGGAAUCCUCCUUAAAAGCCUUGGAAAAGAAAGAAAAUGAAUUCCCCGAUAUGUUGUGUUUGUGUGGCCGUAUAUAUAAAGAUAUAUUUGUGGAAUCAGAUUAUACGGAUACCAAUAGUUUGCGAAAUGCUAUCAAAUGGUAUAGACAAAGUUUCGAGGUUCAGCCCAAUGAAUAUGCAGGCAUUAAUCUGGCUACUUUGUUGGUCAUAGAUGGCAAAGAGUUUUCUAAUACCGAGGAAUUACAGCAUAUAGGCAUGACCUUAAAUAAUUUAAUUGGCAAAAAGGGAAGUUUGUCCUCAUUGACGGAAUACUGGGAUGUGGCUACUUUCUUUGAGAUAUCUGUAUUAGCAGAAGAUUAUGCUAAAGCUAUUAAGGCUGCAGAAUGCAUGUUUAAACUCAAGCCACCCAAUUGGUAUUUAAAAUCUACCAUAGGCAAUAUCAGUUUAAUACAUUGUUUUCGCAAGAAAAGUGAUGAUCAUCAGCCCACCAUUGAAGAGCAAAUCUUUCAAUUUUGGAUGGAUUUCUUUCUCUAUGCCACGGAUAGUAGUAAAAUUACUAACAGUAUAAGGUUUCCCAUAUUGAUCGUGGAACCUCAAAAAAUCUAUAUGCCCAGUUAUGUUAAUAUCAAUAUGGAUGCUGAGGAAAAAUCCAUACAAAUUAUUAACACUUGUUUGGCUCAUGCCAAGAAUGAGUGUAAAAAGGUGCAUGAUUUUGUAUUCACUGCCUCACAAAUCAAAUCGGUUAGUUUGUAUAAACGUGAUGAUCGUUGUGCUUACCUUUAUGUACAUCACAAUUCAGAUGAUUUUCAAAUUUAUUUUCCCUCCACCGAAUGUCGUCAAAGAUUCUAUGAAUUGAUUUGGGAAAUGGCUUCGGAUCAGGAUGUGUUUGUUAAUCUCAACGAAGAAGAGCCACCACAAAUAGAGUAUGAGUAUGAUUAUGAUGAUCAAAAUCGUAAGAUAGUUUUGGGUAAAGGCACCUAUGGUACUGUUUAUGCUGCUCGUGACAAACAUACUCAAGUUAGGAUUGCUAUUAAAGAGGUGCCGGAAAAGAACUCUCAAGAUGUUCAGCCAUUGCAUGAGGAAAUCAAACUGCAUUCUCAACUAAGGCAUCGUAAUAUUGUCAGGUAUAUUGGUUCUUUAUCUGAAGAUGGUUUCUUUAAAAUCUUUAUGGAACAAGUGCCUGGUGGUUCUCUUUCUGAUUUGCUAGAAAAGAAAUGGGGUCCUUUAAAAGACAACGAAUCUACCAUGGCAUUUUAUUCUAAACAAAUUCUUGAAGGUCUCAAAUAUCUGCAUGAACAGAAAAUUGUUCAUCGUGACAUCAAAGGUGACAAUGUGCUCGUCAAUACCUAUAGUGGUGUAGUGAAAAUAUCUGAUUUUGGCACUUCUAAACGUUUGGCUGGUAUUAAUCCUAUGGUUUCCACCUUUACCGGCACCUUACAGUACAUGGCUCCCGAGGUAAUAGAUUUGGGUUUUCGUGGUUAUGGUCCUGCUGCUGAUAUUUGGUCUUUUGGUUGUACUAAUGUGGAAAUGGCCACUGGUAAAAGACCUUUCAUAGAGCUAGGUUCUGCCCAAGCAGCCAUGUUUAAGGUGGGUUAUUAUAAGAAACAUCCCACCAUACCAGAUGAAUUAUCACCAGCUGCUAAGAAUUUCAUAUUAAGAUGUUUUACCAUACAAGAGUCGGAAAGACCUACAGCGGCUCAAUUGCUAGAAGAUCCAUUUUUAACAGAUAAACAUCGUAAACUUCGAUUGGGUGCUAGUACAAAUGCCGACUUUAAUCGCAGUAUAUCGGUACCGGCAGAUCGUUUAGUUAAUCGUCCCAGGUCUGGUAAUACUCCCACAACUCCCGAAAUAGAAGGUUUUCACAGUACAUCCGUAGACAUUGAAAAUCUACCCAGCCAUCAACCGUCAUUUAGCAUGGAAAGACGCAAUUCAUCGGGCACAUUACUCUCACCCGAAAUUGAAGUAUCAACACCAUCAUUGCGUACCGGUGCUAGUUCAGAGACCAGUGAAACAAAUGAUUUUUAUCAUCUAAAAAAAGAAUCUCAACGUCGUACGACACUCUCAAAAGUUCUAACGACGGAUGAGUCGAAAAUAUGUGAUCUCUGGCUGGAAAAGUUGCACGAUGAACACAGUAAUAUUGUGGCCAUAACGAAAAAUGAAUUGCAAAAACUUUUACAUGGUAUACGUGAAUAUAUCAUGAAUGAAAAGGAAAAACAGUUAGAGGCUUGCAUAAAUAGUUUAAAGGAAGAGUUAAGCUAUGAUGCUGCCGCAUUAGAUCAUUUGCAUUUGGCUUUGUAUUCAUUUCAAGAUGCUGUUAUAUCGGUGUUAAGAUUACAUUCGAUUAAACCGCAUUGGAUGUUUGCUUUAGAUAAUCUAGUGAAACAGGCAGUGCAGGCUUGUGUUAUGAUUUUAUCCCCAGAAUUAGGUGCCAAUCUAUUGGGUAAAGAACUUUCUUUAAUAGAUGAUGAAAGUGUACACAAUCAACAGCAUACUUCCACUGAUAGCCAAGAGAAAAUAGCCGCCUUUGAUCCUAAUCAUAUAGCCAGCAGUAAUAAUACACCCGCCAUGGAAGAUGAUAGUAAUAGUUUUUCCUCCAAUGAAUGUGUGCGUCUACUCAGAGACAUUAAGGAAUCGAAUCGUAAAUUUCAUCAUCAACAUUUGGAACAUCAAAAGCAAAGUCUUAAAGCUUUACAGAAUAUCAGCAAGGAAUUGGCUCAUUUCUAUAUGGGCCGUAAACGUACCAGACGCACUAAGUACACAGCGGGCAACAAAAAGCCCAAUCGCCAGUUGAAACGUCAAUUUGCCCGCCGUUCUGUUAGUAAUGUUAGUACUUAUAAUGGUGGUUUAGAGGAGGUGGACGAACAAUUGGAGGAAUGGUUGACCCAGCAUGAUAUCGAUGAGGUAUCCAAGGCCACCAUUUUGAAUGAGGGUUUUUCCUAUGAAGAUUUUAUUUACAAUAUGGAAAAACUGGAUUUAAUGAGAUUAGAUUUAAGAUUGGGUAUUGAAGUACGCCUGUGGUCCUUAAUCAAUCAAAAACGUUCUGAGAAUUUAGUGUCUAGCAAUAAUUUAGAGGAGCGACAAACAAAUUCUUCUAAUAUAAACAACAAUGUUGUUUACAGCAGCUGCAAUAGUACUAGCAAUGCAAAUAAUAAUUUUAAUAAUAACAAUAACUUCAAUAACAACAAUAAUAACAAUUCAGUGGCCUUAAAUCAUAAGCACUCACGCAGCUCUUUAAGACGCAAUAGCAAUAGACGUUAUGACAGUGAAUAUGAUUCUUGUAGUGAAUAAAUGUUUAAAAAAAAAA